GUCUCAGUUCGUGAAUUUGCCAUACUUUCGUUCCGCCAUAUUUCGCGUAUUGCACGGGCCCUAUUGUGACAGGACGACGGUGACAUGAAUGUCUUCUACAGGUUUUAUCCGGACUGCACACAGUCAGGCGCAGUGUGACAAGACUGCAUGUCGUUCGUGAGCUGUAUUUCGUCUGCUUCCCCACUUUUAAAAUGUCCAGCCCAGUCAGUGAAGAGAGGGGAGAUGCAUCUCCCAGGCCAUCAAUAGCGGUCAAUUUGGAUCAUGGUGUAGCAGACCAUCAAUUGGAUCCGGAAGAUGGUUUUUUGGAUAUUGAUUUGGGCAAUGGUCCUCUACCUCAGCAGCUGCCAAGGAUACAUGCCCGUUCAAGAGCUCCAUACAUUCCCCAAGAAGGACUGGUACGCUAUCAAGCAGCCCUCAGAAGCUUGAUUCCUGUCAGAAGAAACACUGCCAAGAAGACUGAAAUCGGGGUGGACCAGGCUGGUUUGUUUUCCUUCAUACUGAGCACCUGGCUGUCACGUCUAAUGUAUAAGGCCUAUCGGAAGGGUCUUGUACUUGAGGACAUUCCCCGAGGCUCUCCUCUUGAAUCAUGUGACCACAAUGUGCAGAGGUUGGAAAUGCUUUGGCAAGAAGAAUUACGGAAUAAAGGACCUAGCAGCGCAUCUUUCUCCUGUGCAGUUUGGCGAUUUAUUAGAACCCGCUUUAUUGCUGACUGCCUGGUCUUUGCAGCAGUGUGCAUUUUAGGUUUUCUUACUCCCAUGGUCUUUAUGCGGAAGCUCUUGGAAUUUGCCCAAGACCCUGAUGCCGAUAUUCUAACUGGUUUAAUGUGGGCUUUUCUCCUGAUGUCAUGUGAAGUAUUCAGAAUUCUGAGUUUCUCAUGGAGGUGGUCUAUAGCAUAUAGAACGGGUACCAGAUUACGUGCAGCCUGUCUUGGGAUGAUGUAUAGGAAAAUUGUUCGAUUGAAUAAUUUUGAAGAAAAGUCAAUGGGUCAGCUGAUAAAUGUAUUUGCAAACGAUUGCCAAAGGAUAUUUGACAUGGUUGUUUUUGGGCCGAUGGCCAUUGGAGGACCCAUGAUGCUGGUUAGUGGCAUUACUUAUGUACUUUGUGUCCUGGGACCUUGGGCCCUACUUGGUGUAUUGGUAUUUGUGGCAUUUUAUCCUGUUCAGUACUUAACUUCUCGCAUGGCAGGCUUGUUAAAAGCAAUUGCUAUUCGUGCCUCUGACAAAAGAAUCAGUAUUAUGACUGAGAUCCUCACUCAUAUGAAAACUAUUAAAAUGAAUGCCUGGGAGGACUGGUUUGAAGACCAAAUUCGUGGUGUGAGAGCCCAAGAACAAACAUACACAAAAAGGAUUUCAUAUCUGUUAAGUCUAGGAACGUCAUUGGCUCCAACAGUUCCUAUAAUUUCUGCUAUUGUAGCUUUUGUUGCCUAUGUGGCGUCGGGUAACUCAUUGACUGCUGCACAGGCCUUUUCUGUACAAGCUGUAUUUUAUCAUUCAAUACGAAGUUCAUUGCGGCAUACUCAGUUUGCCAUUACAGCCUAUUUUGAAGCCAGGAUUGGAUUGAACAGACUGCAGGAGUGUCUUCUUGUGGAGGAAGUCCAACCUAGGAUCCAUCGACCUAUUGAUAGGGCUCAAUCAGUAUCUAUUGGGGGAGCCACCUUCACUUGGAGCGACACCUGGAGCCCUUCAACUCACCAAAAACCAAGGAAAAAACAGAAAAAAAUACCUGAAAACAAAUGCCAAAAAUCUGAUCUUGAGGGAGAUUGUGAGGAGAAAGAAAAGUUAAAUGAAGAUGCAAAUCAGUUGCAUGGGUUCAAACCUGUGCUAUAUGAGAUAAACUUUUGUGCUCCCAAGGGCUACUUAGUGGGUGUAUGUGGCACAGUGGGUUCAGGGAAGACUUCUCUAUUACUGUCGAUCAUGGGUCAAAUGCGACUUCUGAAUGGUCAGCUGGCUCGAGAUGGGUCUUGUGCCUUUGUUAGUCAACAAGCAUGGAUAACAAAUGGAACACUUCGAGAUAACAUUUUGUUUGGAGAGACAUUUGCUAGCACACGGUACUACACUGUCAUUAAUAGCUGUGCACUGAAUGAAGACAUAAAUCAGCUCCCAGGAGGUGAUUUAACGGAAAUAGGAGAAAGAGGCGUUAAUUUGUCUGGAGGUCAGAAACAACGUGUAGCAUUAGCCAGAGCACUCUAUGCCAACAGAGAUAUUUACUUACUGGAUGAUCCACUUAGUGCAGUUGACGUUAAUGUUGGUUCCCAUAUCUUUGAAAGUUACGUCCAGAGAGAACUCCGAAAUAAGACUGUUGUCUUGGUCACCCAUCAAAUUCAAUACCUCAGCCAUUGUGAUCAAAUAUACCUCAUGAAAGAGGGCCGCAUUCUAGAGAAAGGAACACAUGAGGAAUUGCUGAAGAUGGGUAGGGAGUAUGCCACAAUGGUCAAUCAAACUCAGUGCUCAUCUCCUGAGGAAACACCACAUUCAACAAAUAACAGUCAAAUUAAUAGAUAUGUGAAGAAAAAAGAAGCAUCAGAACAAUUGAAAAACAAUGACUAUAAAAGCACCCUUGUGAAGCCAGUUGAAGAUACUUUAAUUGUCAACGAGCCAUCCAAUACCAGCAGUUUGAAAACUGACACUUUCUGCAGAUAUAUAUCUGCUGUGGGAGGGUAUGUCAUGACAACGUUGGUGUUUCUAACCAUACUGAUAAAUGCUGGCAGCACAGCAUUUAGUUCAUGGUGGCUGGCAACAUGGAUUAAGGCUGGUGGAGGUAACAUUACUAUUGAGGUGAAUAACAGAACAAUUACCAGUACAAACUUGGGUGACAACCCUGACUAUGAAUUUUACCUCAGUAUUUAUGCAUCGUGUAUUGGGCUAAUUCUUCUGACAUGUGCUUUAAGAUGUUUUGUUUUCACAAAGGCAACCAUAAGAGCAUCUUUUGUACUUCACAAUGAUCUGUUUCAAAAAGUAUUGCGCAGCCCAAUGCUCUUCUUUGAGACAAAUCCCAUUGGAAGAAUGCAGAAUGUUUUCUCUAAAGAUUUGGAUGAAGUUGACUCUAGAUUACCGUCAACACUGGAAAAUAUUAUAAGUAGUUUUUAUGCCUUGGCCUUUGCAUUCUUGUUCAUUUGUAUUGUCUUCCCAUGGUUCUUCAUUGCUUUCAUUCCUCUUGGCAUCAUUUAUUAUUUUGGAAGCAGGAUAUUCAGGAAAGGAAUACGAGACCUUAAGCGACUUGAAAACACCAGUCGAGCUCCUGUGUUUAGCAACCUGGUAGAAACUGUCCAGGGCAUAAAUACUAUUCAUGCUUUUGGAAAAGAAUCAGAAUAUACUCAAAGAUUUUUCCAAUUAUUGGAUGAAAAUAUUACCUGCAAUUACAUGUGCAAUGUGGGAACGAGAUGGCUAGCUGUGCGAUUAGAUCUGCUUGCAGUUUUUAUUGUGAGUAUCACAGCAUCCCUUGUUGUUGGGCUCCAUGGAAUUGUAGUUCCUGCAAUGGCAGGUCUUGCACUGUCGUACUCUUGGCAGAUCUGCGGAGUCUUGCAGUAUGCAACCAGGCUCCUUUCUGAAGGAGAAGUACGUUUUAUAUCAGUGGAGCGAAUUUUAGCCUACACGGACACAACUUUUAAUGAAGAGAAAGGAUCAAGCUGCAAGAUACCACCCUCAUGGCCCAAUGAGGGUCGCAUUCAUUUUCAAAAUGUUAGCAUGAGCUAUCACAAAAAUUUGCCUAAUUGUCUACACAAUGUUAAUUUCAGUAUCAAGCCAGGAGAAAAAAUAGGUAUUGUGGGUCGCACGGGGUCUGGUAAAAGCUCUCUUACUGCUGCAUUAUUUCGCCUCAUUGAACCAAAUAGUGGACACAUCAAGCUGGAUGGUAUGGACAUUUCCAAUGUUCCCUUGUCCAUCUUGAGAGUGAAGAUUUCCAUCAUACCUCAGGAACCUGUUCUCUUUUCUGGAACUAUACGAUCCAAUCUUGACCCUCAAAGUAAAUGUACUGAUGAAGAGCUGUGGGAUGCCUUGGCAGAGACUAAACUAUCAGAAAAAAUUGGUACUAUGCCUCUCAAAUUAGAAACUGAGCUCGGCUCUGGAUCCAUUGGACUGUCUGUGGGAGAAAGCCAGCUUUUAUGUCUAGCAAGAGCCCUCUUAAGAAAUUCAAAGGUAUUAAUCUUGGAUGAAGCAACUGCUUCAAUUGAUCCUGAAGUUGAAGCUGCAGUGCAAACUUCUAUUGAGGAAGCCUUUAAGAACUGUACCGUUAUUAUGAUUGCACAUCGCCUCAUAACUGUCACGAAUUGUGAUCGAAUACUAGUCAUGAGUGAAGGCAGGGUUGUUGAAUUUGAUGAACCCAACAAAUUAUUGGCAGACCCAAGUUCAUUAUUUGCGAAGAUGAAAGCAUCCUCAGAGGCCUAAUGGAGACAUGUUUAAAUGUUCAUUGUUCAUUUGACAAAUUUCCAACUUAUUUUACUUGUAAGUUCUGCAUGCAGUCUAAGGUGGCACUAGCUGGUGCCAGAUUGAGUCUAUAAGAACAAUUUUCACUAUGUAAGGAAUAUAAAUGAUAGAAGCUUUUUUAUUUUCACAUUAAAUCUGUUUUAUUUAUGUAAAAUUUUAAUAAUUUUAAAUAAAGUCUGUUGAUGGGAACUGUUA